UCCAAAAGCGAAAGGACAUUCACAUAAGGAUACGGAACGAUAUUUGUUCCUGAGCAAUGAUAAUGGACGUAACUUAGACCUUAGUUCAGUGUCAUCCCUUUCUACAAAAUCAGCUUUUGCAAGACUUGGUACUCAGUCAGUUGUAACACAGGUUGGCAGAAGUUUAACCAAAGUUCCAGGUACACUGACCAGUAAGUUUUCGUGUCAUUCUCUGUGUAAUGGUAUGAGGAAGCAAGUUGUUGUUGAAAAACACAGUCCUCACAGAAAAACAGCUUCGAAACUGACUACGCCAUCUUUCCCAAAGCCUGCUGAUCUUGGUAGCUUGGAGAAUUUCUCUGUGUUCAAAGAAAACAUCCGUUCAGAUAACAAUCCAGAAAUAUCUGUACCAUCAGUGCAACACAAACAACCAGAAAUAAUUACCGUUAUCACAAAAGAGCCUGAAAGUUUUGAGCUACAAUUGCAACAUAAUUUUGAAGAGGAAAUGGUUCCUGCUUUGAAUUCGGAUCAGCUUGAUAACCAGUUAACUGAGGAAGUGGAACCUGAAUGUUGCUAUAAUAAAGAAGAGGAAAACACCGUUGAUCCUCCAAACCAAAUUCCUGAAAAAGUAAUUGCAAAUGCGUUAGAUUUAGAAGUAAUUAAUUCGGAUUUACCAAAUGAUAUUUCUGCCAGUAAAACAUCCCCUGUUGAAGAGAAAGCAGCUGUAGAGCAAUUGGAAGAUAAAUCAGUUGGAGAAGAUGAAAUUCCUGCUGUCAGACAGAAAGAAAGCACAAAUCCAGAUAAGGAACCAGAGCAGAAGGAUUGCUGUCCUUGUCGUGGAACUGCUUCCAUGCAAAAAACACUCAGCACCGUUGCCGCGGCCACUGCCGCUGCGUUUUCAGCUCAUCCUUUAUUGGCGUCGCAUAACAGAUUAGAGGCUCAGUUGAUGACUCUAUUGGAUAAGAUGAAUUCUUUAGAACAGCAGAUAUUUCUACAGAAACAUGAAAUGGAGAAGGAAGGAAAGCUCCAGAAGCUGGAGAGUCAACUUAGCCAAGUGACAAAGGAUCGAAUGAAUUCUUUAGAACUUUUGCAAAAGCAGAUGUUUGGUAUGCAAACCAACUUUCUAAAUGUCGCAAAAAGUUUUGAGAAAAUGUUUGGUCAUGUUCCUGACAAUGUUCAACAAAAAAUUGAAGAGAAUGAAGAGAAUAUGGAACCAUUACAUUACAGAUCUAAAAAUGUGCAACAUUCAAAAAAUGAUAUUGAAAUGUCUAAAGAAUCUGAUUCUUUAGAAUCACUAGAUUUUUCUAUCAGUACAGAUAAAGAUGUAAGAAGUUUCCCUAAACCCCUUUUUGUAGCUCCUGAAGAUAAACAUGCUAAAAAUCCAAAAAAGGAACAUCAUAUUGAGAAGUCAUCAUCAAAAAGUGCAUUGAGAGGUAAUUCUAAAGAUACAUCUGCUCCUUCCAUAAAACCCAAAGUAAAUUCAAAUAAUCCUCUCAGCACAACCCGCAAGGCAUCAAAUGUAAAGACAAACAUUGUGAAUGGCAAGGAAAGCAAAUCUACUUCCAAGCCAAACAAAACUGUGAGUUCGGUGAGUUCCACAUCCAAAUUCCAGAAUUCUAGACCCAAUAGAAACAAGAAAUAUCAAUCGAAUGUAGACGAAGAAAAACUUGUUAUUAAAGAAAUCAACAAAUAUAUACAGAAACCAACAUCUGUAACUGAGAAACAAUCUGCUAAAGAGCUCCCUUUGAAAUACUCUUAUCUAAAAACUUUUACCUCUAAUCCUUAUUCUAAGGAACCGUAUGCAGUCCGAGAAACUUCCAAAGCUAAACGCAUUCCUAAGAAACAGUCUGUUCCUGCACCAGCAAUUCUGAACACUAGUUAUGUUAUUUCUUCUUCUCCCGAUUUACAGCACGAUGAAAAGGAGUUUAAUAAAAUUCAAAAUCAAAACGGUAAUUCUAAGAAAUGGUCUACUUCUUCACAGUCAGCAGCUCCUCUUGAGAAAUAUCUUCUAGACUCGCCUCUGAAGACUCAACUUUUCACAUCAGAUAAAAUUUAUGCCGACCUAAAACCAACUGCUCCUUCAGCUGAACUUGUUGCUGGGCAAGAAAUUCUUCAACGUGCUCAGACUAGUCGGAUGUUUCUGGAAGAAAACUUAAAGAAUUUAGAACGAGAUUACAAGAAGGAUGCUGUUUAUAAUAUUGUGGAUAAUCUUUAUCAAAGCAGCCCAGUAUCUCAAACUUACCAAAUGAAACGAAAAGUUGACCAAUGUAUUGCCAAAAUGCAGAUAGAUAUUCAGAAAGAACUCUCAAUGGAAGAAGCUACUUUCAAUAAACUUUCUUGCUCAAAUCCUGCCACCAAAGUGAAUAAAUUAGGGAAGAAAAAAGACUCUGAAGAUUUAAGUGGUUCCAGACAGAAACAACCAAAAGUUAUUGUUAAAACAAAGGAAAAAGCCCCUCAAAGUUCAAAUAAAAACCUAAAUGUCUUGUACCAAGACCAAGAAUAUCUUACGCAAGUAUUUGGUAAAGCUACUUACCAAAAUAAAAGAACUACUGUUCGGGAGCCUUACUUACACAUCAGAAAUAAACCACAGACAAAAGUAACUCAACCAAAAGCUAUGGUGGAUGUUAAAGGAAUACAAAAAAAAUCUACCAAAGUUCAAACAGUGGAAGAAGUAAAGAAAACUGUUGAAAAAGGUACUGGAAUCGUGGCUGAUGACAAAAAAUAUUUCUUUGCUAGCAAACCUAGCAAUAAUCCUAACUAUUUACAGAAUUCAAGUUUGGUACCAGGCCAUUUAGGUUAUAUGGCUGUAUCCUUAAGAGAGCCUAGAAUGGACUCUGGGUUAACUCAUGCUAUUACAGUUAGGCCUGGUAGUUCUGUAGUUGUUGCUCCGCAGGACCAGCCUAAAGUUGUUUCUGCAGAAAAUGUUGUCCUCUGUACUGUUCCUUUUGUAAAUGAAGCAAAACCUGCAAAGAAAAAAACCGUAUUGAGUAAGCAGGACUUACCAUCUGUUGAUAUUGUUGGGAAACUGACCAAAGACAAGGUUGUAAAGAAUGUGAAUUUUACUACGGACAGUCAAGAUAAAAAUGUUCUGAAUACAUCUUUUGAGAAAUUGGUUACGAUUGCUGGAAGCACUGAUAAUGAAGAGGAAAUACCCUGUGAGAGUUUAAGUGAAUGUUCUGAUAUUGUUGAAGCAGAAAAUGAUGUUGAGGUAAUUGUUGUCAAGUCUAAAACCAAAGAAACUCGUGAAUCAUUAGCUGAUAAUAAUAACAACAAUCGGGUGUUGCCACAACCGUUAGAAGUAUUAACUGGCUUAACAUCAGAACUAAUGUUAACUAGAAACCAUAAAAUAGCGGCUACGUUAGCAACAUCUCAAAGAAUGCCUAUUGAUGCUGAAUCAAUUCAACAAGAAGAAGAUUUAAAUGAAAUUAUUCAGUUAGUGGAACAAGAAAUUUUGUCACAGAUAAUCUCCAGCGACCAAGUAACUGCUAAUUCUGCAGUUGAUUAUUUGAAGAAGAAUUUUUCAGCAGAAAAUAAAGGUGACAAAGAAUGUAUCCCUAAAGUAAAAGCUUCAGUCUCUGAGGAUUCUUUGAUAAUGUCUGAACUAAUUGAGGAAAUUCUUGCUGAUAAAGUUGGCACAAUCUUAGCAAAUGACUAUGCUUUAAAUGUAUUGACUUCACACAAAUCUCCAAAACCAGCUUCGCCUAAUCAAUUUGAAAAAGGUGAAAUUUGUCAAACAAAACCAAACGAAUCUUCCUCAUUGAAACAUGAUGCAGUUUGUCAAACAAGUUUAUUAUUAAAUGAGUUAGUUUUGAAAGACAAAAAUUCACAUUUUACUGAUAAAACGCCCGAAAGUGCAGUUAUUUCUCAGCCUCUGCAGCCUACUUCUGUCAAAGAAUCAGUUCCUGUAGACACUGCCAUUCCUCAGGAGUCUGAAACCAUGAUAAAUCAAGAUGGUAGCAACUCAUUAAUAAAUGAAGCUGCAAGCUAUUCCGCUAAUGAAAUCAAUUCAUUAAAUUUAAACAAAAAUUCUGUAGAACAAGAAAAGAAAACUGGUGCACAAGAAACUACAACUGGUGAAAAUCCAGAUGAAGUUCCAAUGAAAAUUUAUAGUCCAAAUUCUGCCAAAGAUUCUAAGAAAGACGCAGCAAAAGACUUAACCGAAAAUAUAGUGCAGCCUAUUAACACAUCUGUAAUAACCCGCUCUGAUGAUGGUGCGGUGCAAAAUACAAAUGCAGUCUCAAUGCAAAGUUCGAAAAGUCCCGUACAACCGUUCAGUAGUUUUGUAAUUCAACCAUCAACAAGUAAAGUACAAGACACUAAAGCACCUGCAAUGCAGCGCUGUAUAAGUGUCGUGGCACAAGAUGCUGUGAACGUUUUGGGUAGUGAUACAAGACGGCAGUCUGCAGCAGAACGUGUCGAAGAGGUACAGAGGAGAAGAAGGGAAGCAACUCUUGCUAAAUUGCGGAUUGACAAAAUGGAAUCUAUCUAUAUUCCGCCAGACACUCGUGUCCGGUCUCCUGUUAGACACGUUAAAUUGGUCGAAAUAACUUCGAAAUCUUUGAACGAAACAAACACCGAAGAGAAAGAUCAAUUUAUAACGCCAUCAUUACCGCCACAAUUUCCUCCAUCGCAAUCACCACCGCAAUUUCUACCAUCACAGUCAUCACCACAACAACAGCCAGCAUCACAAUCACUACUGCAACCUCUGAAACCUCACAAAACAACAUCAACAACAUCACAAACAACAGCAUCAUUGCAAUUUUCAUCUUCACACACAACGACCCCACCUCCGUCUUUUAUUGCUCAGUUCCAAACUUCUGGGACAGGAAAAGGCCCCACCAGAUCUCUCUUCUCACCUGAGGAAUCUGAUUCUUCUGAGAAAAUAACUGGCGAACAAGUAAAAGAGCUUGGAGAAAAUUUCACAAUUGCUUCACUUGAAGGACUAAAUUUGGCACCUAAAUUUGAUGCUGACAAUGACAACGAUGUAGAAGAAACUCUUGGAACAGACAAUGAAGUUGCAACUGAUUCUUCACCUUUAUCUGACAAGGUGAGCAGUGAGUCACUGUCACCAGGGAGCAGCAGUAGCAAUACUGCACUUGAGAGUCUCUCUGAUGGCCAGUGGCUGCUGAGUCAGAGUGAAGGGCAAGCAGCACUAUAUACGGUCAAUGAUGGUGUCUACAAACGUAUUCUUGCCGAUGUCAGCAACCCCAGCACAUUGAAGGACUCAAACGAGUUAACUCGCGAAGACACGGCUGAUAUCACUUACAGUGAUGGAGAAUUUGUUCUCCAGCAGCGAGUUCCACCUGAGAAAGAUCCACUCUUACAACUCAUUUUGAAUAUGAGGCAGACCACUUUGAAUCCACCUCACAUUCCUGAAAUGAUCCCAGGCAACACUGAUGCUGAUGCAGGGGGUCAAAGAAGUCCUGGAGAAUGGGUAUUGUCCAGUUCAGAAAUUGGUCAAGCCACUUGCGAGACAUCUUCUGAUUAUGUUGCAGCAGCCUCAACAAACGUGAAGCCUGACAAUUCCAAUAAAAUGGCUAAAACAGUUUUACCUCAGCAAUCUUCUUCUUCUAGACAAUCGCAUAUAUAUUCUAGUGAUAAAAACAAAACAAAUUCUCGAGUGAUCUUUGUUGGGUUGACCCCUGAUGAAGAUGCAACAGCUACAAAAUCAGAAUUAGGAUUGGAAAUACAACAGGACCAAACUCCUGUGGUACAAAAUUUGUUGCAGAAUGGGUUUUUUCAACCAAAAGCCCCUAUCACAACUGUUGGUCACCCGUUGCCCUCACAACAGAGUUUUAUGCAACCCACUGACCUGAUGGGGUCCAAAUCUGUUCGUUUCAGCCAAUACACAGGAAUUGAUCCCGUUGUUUCUGACAAUGCUUCAUAUAGUGAAAGCCAGCAUGUUGAUGCUUCUGUAGAGUCAGAUGUCCAUAAUACUCUACUUGGUGAUGGCGAUGGCAUAAAAGACGCUCAGAGUCUGCCACGACCUCCACUUAUACCUCAUAGAAUACCGGUAACGAUACCGAGUCCAGGAGAAAUCUGGGAUGAUGAAGACAUAGAAGAAAUAUCAUUUCAGGAUGGAAUAUGAGACACUUUUUUUUCACUGUUUCAGAAUUUGUUUACCAUUUUUUGAUCAGAAUGCUGCAGCACAUUAACUGUUUGAUAGGUUCAAACCUGACCAUUACAGACAGAUAUUCAUCUAAACCUCUCUGAGUUCAAUAACAUAACACUGCUUGCAUCAUUCUAUACCUCUCCUGGUUCACAACUGAAUGCUUAGCAGACAGAAAAGGUGUCUAUCAAGAUUCUGACAAAUGCCUCAAAAACACCCCAAAAAACAACCCAAUACCAAUAUCCACAAUGGAAAACAGCCAGUUUCAUUCACUUGACUAGCUAUUAAUGUGAAAUAGCAAAAAGAUCUAACUGCAAGUAUUCUGUAUUGCUGGAUAUAUUUAAAAAUUCUUUUAUUAUUAUUAUCAUUAUUAAUAUCAUUAUUAUUAUUUUGUGUGUUUAUAUCCAUAAAAUAAGUACCAGUUGAAUAUUGAGAUUGAUGUAAUUGGCGUACACCUUCCCUUAAAAUUGCUGAUCUUGUACCAAAUUUCAAGCCAUUAUUAUUAUU